UCCCCCCUCCCCACUCCUCCUCCUCCUCCUCCUCCUCCUCCGCUACCACUCCGGUGGUGAGCCGCUACCUACGGCGGCGGAGGGGCGGCGGCGACGUCGCCGGAGAGGAUGGGUCAGAGCUUGGCGUGUAGCCGCUCCAGCGACGAGCACGAAUUUUUCAGCGCGGUCCAAAGCGGGGACCUCGAAUCCAUAGAGUGCGUGCUGUGUGCGGACCCCUCCUUGCUCCGCCGCGCCACCAUCUACGACCGCCUCUCCGCCGCGCACAUCGCCGCCGCAAAUGGGCGCCUCGAGGUUCUUUCGAUGGUUUUGGAUCGCUCUGUUCCUCCUGAUGUCGUAAAUCGCCACAAACAGACUCCGCUGAUGCUCUCCGCGAUGCACGGGAAAAUCGAAUGCGCGAAAAAGCUGCUCGAAGCUGGGGCAAAUAUCUUAAUGUUUGAUUCAUUGAACGGGCGAACUUGUUUGCAUCACGCGGCGUACUACGGCCAUUCGGAUUGCUUGCAAGCUGUUCUAUCCGCAGCCCGAUCCACCCCCGUUGCCGAUUCUUGGGGAUUCGCGCGGUUUGUAAAUGUUCGAGAUGACAACGGGGCAACGCCGCUGCAUCUCGCUGCGAGGCAAGGACGGUCCGAUUGCGUCCACAUUCUAUUGGACAAUGGGGCUAUUGUUUCUUCUUCCACCGGCGCAUAUGGUUUUCCGGGGAGUACGCCGCUGCAUUUGGCCGCCCGCGGGGGAUCGUUAGAUUGCGUGCGCGCGUUGCUCGCGUGGGGCGCCGAUCGGCUUCAAAGAGAUGCAGCUGGGAGAAUUCCAUAUGCUGUUGCUCUAAAGCGGCGCCACGGAGCAUGCGCUGCUCUGCUGAACCCAUCGUCGGCAGAGCCGAUGGUUUGGCCUUCUCCUUUGAAGUUCAUUAGUGAGCUCAAUCCGGACGCAAAGGCUUUGUUAGAGGCCGCUUUAAUGGAGGCUAAUAGGGAGAGGGAGAAGAAGAUAUUGAAGGGGACGAGGUACUCCGUUCCAUCCCCUUCGCGUUCGGAUGAUGGAGUCGACGAUGAUAUCUCCGAGGCGAGCGACGCUGAACUGUGCAGCAUCUGCUUCGACCAACACUGCACUAUCGAAGUACAAGAUUGCGGCCACCAAAUGUGCGCGGCGUGCACGUUGGCCUUAUGCUGCCACAACAAGCCCAACCCGACAACCCUCUGCUUGCCGAGCCCGGCCUGCCCCUUCUGUCGCCGCAGUAUAUCUCGGCUCGUCGUGGCCAAGGCCGAAAAGCCGCGCGAUGACGGAGAAAGGGCCAACUCCCCGAAGAGGCGGUCGAGGCGGUCCCGCAACGUCAGUUGCGAGGGGAGCAGCAGCUUCAAGGGCCUCUCCUCGGCCAUGGGCUCGUUCAAGAUGGGCCGCGGAUCGGGUCGGAUAUCUGAUAACAGCGCAAUAUUGGACAAGCCUUGAUUAAGCAGCUGAGUCAUUUGAGUUCAAUCAAUUCUUUUUGGGGCAUCUUCUUUUGCCUGUACACCCCCUGCAAAAUAUGCAAAAUUACAUAAGCAAAUAUUCCUGAAAACUUGGUAUUUGUACGUGUGCCGCGCAAAUGCUAAAUUUGCUGCCAUAUUUGCAUAAUUUUGCGUCGUUCGAAAGGGUUAAGUGUAUAUGCAGGGGAGAAAAGGGGGGGAUUUUAAUCAAAUGCAUAGUUCAUGUAGAUUCUGGGCAUUCUAAAAGCUAUAGAGAGAUUGAAUAAAAGCUACUAUGGUUCUUUUGUGGAGAACACUAUCCACAGUGAAAACUCUGCUUGUUUUCAAAAAGGGUAAGUUAGAGAUAGAGAGAGAGAGAGAGAGGGGAUGUAGUAGGGACUAUGUAGCAGGCUUUUUUGUCUGUGUGAUUUGAUUUGAAACAUCUAUUCAAUUACAAAGAUGGUGUGAGAUGAACAAUUCAUCACCAAAGCA